AUGCAGUCUCUAUGCUACGGGACGCAAAAGAACGCCGCGAUCCAGAAGGUCGACGUACUCAGUUACCAAUUCCCGCCAAGACCAACAAGACUCCGAAAAGAAGAACACUACUUCAAGAGAAUGCUGUACAAACCACACACACCUAUGGAGCUCGGGGAUGCCGUGAUAGGCCACAUCACGAGUGCAUUCGUGCUUGUGUUCGGCUUUAUGGUCCCCGCUGUACACAGCGUUGUUAGCUGGGAGACCAACCUCAGUCCCAUCGUUCCGCUCGUGUCGGGUACUGGUACUGUUUCACUGCGCGACGACGGUACCAUCAGCGCAAGGAGUCUGAAUCAACUCGACCUUAACAGCGAGAAGUGCCACGGACAUUCGCAAGUGUCAUGGCAAGGGGCAAUUGCCAUCCAGCCAUCCGUCAAACCGACGUCUGCCACAAACAUCAAGAUGACCGACUCCGCCGGUGCGAAAAUGAACGCUGCGACCAUCGCCGAGCCCUUCAGCUUGGCCGUGCGCCAGUACAUUGAGCAGGACAUGGGUGGCGUGGGUCCCAAGCUCGUGGAAGUACGCCGAGGGACGGGCAAGGCCUGUGCACGCGACGGCAUCCGCUACGAGCUGCGCGAAGUGCCCAAGGACGAGCUGCUGGAGGCUUUGGAGAAGGCCAACAAAGACUCGGAUGUGCACGGUAUUCUCGUGUACUACCCGUGCUUCGGCGCCUUCCCGAGCUUCUUCGGUGGCACCAUGGACGAUUUUUUGCGCGACAGCAUCAGCAUUAAGAAGGACGUGGAAGGACUGUGCCAAUUCUACCGUGGCAACUUGUACCGUAAUAUGCGCUACGUAGACGACGAGAAGACGCAAAAGUGCGUGCUGCCUUGCACACAUUUGGCAAUUGUCAAGAUCCUCGAACACCUUGGCGUUUAUGACAAGACCAAGCCUACUGGCGACCACUUGUCAGGUGUUAACAUCACGGUUGUUAGCCGUAGUGACAUUGUAACAGCGAACGUCCCCUACUCGUUCACUUGCAGAGGUCGUGUCUCAUACAUUGUCGGCCGCCCAUUGGCUGCUAUGCUUGCGAAUGACGGCGCUGACGUGUACAGCGCCGACAUUUACUCGCUGUACCUAUUCCGUCGCGGUAAGCUCAUCCCGAGCGAAGAGACGCAGGAGACGGCGUGUAAGAAGUCUCGUGUCAUCAUUACUGGCGUCCCCGUUAAGAGCUACAAGCUGCCGCUUGAGUGGGUCAGCGAAAACACGGUCAUCAUCAACGUCGCGUCCUUCAAGAACGUGGACGAGGCCGAGCUGCUUAAGAUAAAGGGCGUGCAGUACGUGCCACUGGUGGGUAAGGUCACGGUGGCCAUGCUCGAGCGCAACCUGCUGCGUCUGUACGAGAACUUCCACUGGAAGCCUAAGAAGGUCUGGCAGUAA